GUACGUAUCAACCCAUAAGAUGUUCGCGAUUUUUGCUUCUUUAUAUUUGAUACAUUCUUCAAGAAAGUCGAGUAAAUUCUUCAUCCAUGUUCGUUCCAAAAUAAAAAUUUCGUUUCGAAAGAAUAUAGACGGAUUACAAAAAAAAAAAAACUGCAGGAUCACGGAAUACCCCAAGAUGAUUUUCAAGUAUUGCGCUUUUAUGGUUUUUUUACCUUUUAUUUUAUCACAAAACGAUAAAUCUUCGCAAAAACUUAUCGUAUGUAGAAUACCGGAAAAUUUUCAAGUCCAAGUUUCGGAUCGCUAUAAAGUUGAUAUAUACGGUAAUGAAUUGUUAAUUAAAUACAAAAACAUUGAUAUUUACCUAUAUCCUGGCACUACUACAAUAAACGUCGUUUUGAAUGGAUCGUCAAUCGAAUUUCAAGCAUACAUGAUAGCAUCAAAUUCUGUUAGUAAUUCAACAUCAAAAGCUGAGAAAAUUUUAUGGUCGAGCAAUGGUCUUAUUCUUGGGUUCGGACAAUUGCAAGAAACGAACAAGGGACAUUAUCAAGUUCAACAAUACCACUUCUUUUUACCAACGAAUUCAAGCGGAAGUACUAAUCUAUUUGAAGCGGUGGAACAUGAAAUUCGUCGGCUUGCUCGAGUUUGCCUUGAAAUAGAAAUUUCGAAAAAUAUAAAAAAUAUAACGAAAAAUAAUCUUCAACGUUUCGAAAAAAUCAAUGAUUUUGGAUCAGUGAUAGUUUUAUCAUGGCUUGAUUGCAUCAAUACGAAUGGGAUUUCAUCUUGUCCAUCCUCGUCUACUAAUUCCUUUAAAAUAAAUGCUAAUGAUUUAAUCGACCUAUCUAUUAGUGCUAUAAUAGAUAUGAUUAAGGUUUAUAAUCUAAGAAAGAUUAAAUUACCAAAUAUCAAUGCAGUUCUUAUUUCCAAUCUUGGAGUCUUUGGCGUGAAAGGUCAAAUUCAAACCUUUAAUGGCACUUUCGAGGGUUUAACGACUAUUAAAAGAACAGCAGAUGUAAUUUUACUUCGACAAGGCCAUAAAUAUACGGUUUCUUGUGGUUUUGGUAUAUCUAAUGCAAUUGUACGGAUUAAUAAAUAUAAGCUUAAAUAUGGUUUGAUAAAUAUAUGUGGCGAAAUAUUAGGUACAAUAGAAAAUAUAGCAUUAAAAGCUGAAAUAAGUGUUGAUUAUAAUACUCCACAGUGCAUAAUAAAAUUAGAGGAUAUUAAAAUAUCAGAGUUUGAUAAAUUAGAAGUGAGAUUCACAGGAUUGGGUGUAAUGAAUAGUUUUGGAUCGAAAUUAAUAAAUUUGUUUACAAAAUUUUUCAAGAAUUAUCUCAAAAAAAUAAUAGAACGAAAUUUGAUCACUUUUUUGGAAAAGAAAAUAUCAAUACUAGACUGCGAAAAAUAUAGGACGAAAAUACUCUAA